UACAAAGAGACCGCCAUGAUGGCGUCGCAGGCUAUGAUUUUCUGCGUGUUUAUGUUCUUCAUGUACAUAUCUCCAGGUGACUCUAUACAGUGUUUCCAAUGUGAUAGUAAUGAAGAUAUAUCUUGCCCUAAUGAUGAACCAUUUGAUACCAGUGUAAAUGCUAAAGUAGAUUGUAAUAGUUUUGAAGCCCAUACACCUGGUCAGUUUUGUGUGAAGAUUGUUCAAGAAAGUCCAGGGUGGAGAGGAUGGAAGAAAGUAACAAGAAGAUGUGGUUCUCGAACUGACUUUGGUGUGGCUUGGGGUUGUAGAUGGUCAUGGGAUUAUACUGGUGUAUUUAGAGAAACUUGUUACUGUGAGACAUCAGAUGGUUGUAAUGGAGUUGACCGAAUAUCAACAGGAUUUUUAUUAUCUUUUAUUUGUUUCCUCUUCACUCAUUUAUACUGUAAACUUUUGUAAUAGUAAUUUUUAGAAAGACCAAUAAACUUUCAUUUCUCGUGCAAAUUAUGUACAUAUUGAUUAAGAAACAUAUUACUUCAUUCAAACAUAUCUUUGUUUUCUUUCAGUUUUAGAUCACAUUAAGUAUUUUGCUUCGGUUGAAAUAACCUUUUCUCUUACAUUCUUUGGUUUUUAUUUUGACGUUUAGGCAUACAAAUUUUGGCUUAAAAUCUGAGAAUAUUGGCUUCAAUUCUUUUAUCCUGAUAAAAUCUAUCAAUCUAGAGUAAAACUUUUCAUUGGGAAUUAAACAACGAUAAUAAUGUAAAUGAAUGAUAUAGAAAGUGCUGAUCAUAUCAUUCUCUGAUUUUAGAAUUUUAUUUUUAUUUUGUUUUAUUUGCUGCAGAUUAUAUCUGCUUUGCCACCAUUAUAUCAAAACAUAUCAUUUUUUUUCUAUAAUGGAAGCUUUGUAUAUUUUUAUUUUGUAGAUAUCCUUUUAAUGAUUUCUUUUCAUGAAUGAAUGAGUGAAAUUGAAUGAAUGAAAUUGAAUGAAUGAAUGUUGAAAAUAUCUUGUCACACGAUUAUUGAAAAUUUCAUACUACAUUAGCAUUUUUAUUCUAAUAAAAAGGUUUUAUAUCUCUGAUCAUUUCUGGAUAUUAUGCUUAAUAUGGAUUUUUUAACCAGUCAAAUAUCAUAAAAACUGAAGUGAUAAUCUAGCAUACCACUAAAAUAUAUCUUGGAUUUGUUUCAUAUACCAAUCAAAUGUUUUUGGGCACUAGAAUGAAAUAAGGUAUUGCUGAAAGAUUUUUCUGUGUAAUAACUGUCUUUUGAUUUUAUAUUUGCCUUAAACAUUGUCCAUUCCAAACGCUAAUCAUUGUGCUCACAAGACCUAAUGUGGUUGUGAAGUAAACUAAUUAUAAUUGUACAUUAUAACAUUCCUAUUAUAUAGAUCAACCUUAUUUUUAUAUCAAUUAUUAAUAAAAUUCUUUUUAUC